AUGUCUUCAACCGCAGAAACACUGAAUCGAUCUGCGGUAUUGCCUCACCCAAAGGCUCAUCCUAUGAUCAUUAUGUCGUCACCAAUUCCUGUUCCAACUGGAACUGAGAUACUCAUUCGUGUACGAGCCGUUGCUAUCAACCCGGCCGACUACGCUGUUCAAAAGCUCGGUAUCGUCAUCAAACCAGAGUUCUACCCUUACGUCAACGGUAACGAUGUGUCUGGGGAAGUCGUCUCUGUUGGACCCGAUCAGACGAGAUUCAAACCCGGAGACCGUGUAUUAGGUCAUGCAAUGGCGUGGCAGAAGGGCGAUAACAAGUAUGGGGCCUUCCAAGACUACUCCAUCAUGAUUGAGCCCAUGGUGUCCAAGAUCCCAGAUCGCAUACCUUUCGAGGAAGCUGCAGUUCUUCCUCUGGGGUUUACAACAUCAUCUGCUAUGCUGUUCAGUCCAUCUUUGAUGGGUCUCGAACUACCCGUGGCUGGAACCGAGAUCAACUCGAAAGGAAAAGUCGUGGUAGUUUGGGGAGGUAGCUCAAGUGUUGGUUCGAAUGCGAUCCAGACUGUGAAAGCUGCUGGAUAUAUCGUUGCGGCUACCGCGAGCGAGCGUAACCAUGGGUUGUUGAGAGAGAUGAACGUGGACUAUAUUUUCGACUACAAGAAAGAUGGCAUUGCGGAAGAUAUCAUCAACAUGCUGAGCGGCAUUGGCGAUCUGGCGGGAGUUUACUGUGCCGUAUACUCGGACACUGCUAUCACGACUUGCGCCACGAUUGCAGACAGACUCCAGGGGAAGAAAUGUCUGGGAACUAUACUCCCUCCUGGGGUACCUAUCCCUGGAACCAUACCAGACGGCGUGCAAGUCUUGAUCAAUGACCAUGUUCUUCUGGGAUCAACCGAUACUGGGAAGAGACUAUGGGUUGAUUGGCUUCCAGGAGCUCUUGAGGAUGGGAAAAUGAAGUGUAUGCCCCAUACUGAGAUUGUGGGGAAAGGGCUUGAGGCGAUUCAGGGUGCCGUAGAUAUGAUUAGUAAAGGCGUGAGUGGGAAGAAGGCAGUAAUUGAGGUUUAA